AUGAACAAAGAUGUAUUUAAUCAAUUUAUUAACCACAUAGAAUUUUCGAAAUUUUUUAAAUAUUUGAACAUCAAAAAAGAAAAUAAUCCGGAAAAUAUAAAAAAGAUAAAGGUUAAAUUCAUAUUUAAAAAUUAUGGGGCAAUCCAUCAAAACUUGCGCUCUCGUAGUCACUUUGCGUCUUGCACUGAAAAUAACUUUCCAAUGAGCGCGAGAUAAAAAUUGCCUGCAACUUUUCUUUC